AUGGGCCUUUCUCGUCCUGGAAAGUACGGAGCUGAUGUUUCUCAUUUGAACCUUCACAAGACCUUCGCCAUUCCUCAUGGUGGCGGUGGACCUGGCGCUGGACCCAUUGGUGUCCGGGCUCAUCUCGCGCCAUUUCUGCCGUCUCAUCCAGUCAUGCCAGGCACAAACCAUGCAACUAGCUUUGGUUCCGUUUCCGCCGCCCCAUACGGCAACGCUGGUGUCUUGCCAAUCUCCUGGUCGAUGAUUAAAAUGCUCGGGCCAGAAGGACUUCGCCAUUCAUCUGAAAUCGCCAUUUUGAACGCCAACUACAUGCGAAAACGGCUCGAUGGCUACUACCAGAUUCUUUAUACAGGUUCGCAUGGAAUGUGCGCGCACGAGUUUAUCAUCGACAUUCGACCUUUCAAGAAGACCUGCGGCAUCGGAGCACUCGACGUCGCCAAGCGAUUGAUGGACUACGGCUUCCACGCUCCUACAAUGUCUUGGCCAGUGCCAGACACGCUCAUGAUCGAACCAACCGAGUCAGAAGCAAAAAGCGAGCUUGAUCGCUAUUGCGACGCUCUGAUCUCCAUUCGAGAAGAAAUUUCCGCAAUUGAAAAUGGCUACGUCUCCAAGAUCGACAACGUUCUCAAAAACGCCCCACACACGAUGGAAAGCGUUCUUUUUGGAGAGUGGGAUCAUGCGUACUCGCGAAAGAAGGCUACCUUUCCUGCGCCUUGGCAGCACAAUGGAAACAAGUUCUGGCCUACUGCUUCCAGAUUAGAUGAUACUUUCGGAGAUAAAAACCUGAUCUGCUCGUGCCCUCCUAUGAGCAGCUACAGAUAA